UUAAAAAUUGGCUGCAGCCAGGUGCUGGUUGUGUGUGUGUGUGUGUGGUUGUGUGUGUGUGUGUGUGUUUGUGCUGGAGCAGCGGUGGAGAAGCAGAAGGGAGGACACUGAGGUUUUCACCCAGGCGGCGGCAGAAGAUGUGCAGUUGUUGGUUACGAGGCUAGAGGACACCUGGGAGGACAGGCUGUCUGUGGAUGUAUACCCGUAGAGAAAAGGACGGCUUUUCUUCAACAUCUGGACGAGCUGCCGAUGAGGGGGGGUGGUUGACAAGGAUUUGCGGCACUACCUCAACCUGCGCUUCUCUAAGGGCUCGGUGGACCACGACCACCAGCAGAUCAUCAGAGACAACCUCUACCUCCGCACUGUUCCCUGUACCACCAGGCAGCCCAAGGAGGGGGAGGUGCCGGGGGUGGACUACAACUUUGUGAGUGUGGAGCGUUUUAUGGAACUGGAGCAAAGUGGAGCCCUGCUAGAGAGUGGAACCUAUGAAGACAACUUCUACGGCACACCAAAACCUCCAGCGGAGCCGUCCCCCGCAGCACCUCCUCUGAAUGUAAGUGAGGCCUUGCUGCCUGGAGCCCGGCCCAGCGCCCAGGGCAAGAGGAAGAGGAACCAGUCAGUCAGCAACAUGGAGCAGCGUGCCAGCCUGGAGCCUCCCGAGGAGGAGGAAGAGGAGAGCCCGGUUGUCAAUGGCAACGGAGUGGCCAUCACCCCAGAGUCCAGUGAGCAUGAGGACAAGAGCACAGAUGCCUCUGGGGAGGUUGCUGUUGACGCCUCCAUUCAACCCCCACCCUCCACUGAGCCCCCCACAGAAGGAGAAGAGGCCCCAAAAUCUCCCUCUGAAUCCCCGGCCAAAGUCCCCGACGCAGAUGAAGAAGAACUGGGGCCUCUCCCUGACAACUGGGAAAUGGCAUACACUGAGAAGGGGGAGGUUUACUUCAUAGAUCACAACACCAAAACUACAUCGUGGCUGGAUCCUCGGCUCGCAAAGAAAGCAAAGCCGCCAGAAGAAUGCAGCGAAGACGAGCUGCCCUAUGGCUGGGAGAAGAUCGAUGACCCCAUCUACGGCAGCUACUAUGUAGAUCACAUAAAUCGAAGAACUCAGUUUGAGAAUCCAGUCCUGGAAGCCAAGAGGCGUCUGGAGCAGCAGAGACAGAUGCAGAGUCAGGGACUCUCUGCUCUGCCUCUGCCCACCAUAUACAGAGAGAAGCCAUUGUUUACGAGGGACCCGACCCAGCUGAAGGGCACCUUCCUGUCAACAGACCUGCAGAAGAGCAACAUGGGAUUUGGCUUCACGAUCAUAGGGGGCGAUGAGCCGGACGAGUUCCUGCAAGUGAAGAGUGUGAUACCUGAAGGACCUGCUGCUCAGGACGGAAAGAUGGACACAGGUGAUGUCAUCGUCUACAUCAACGACAUCUGCGUGCUGGGGACCACACACGCGGACGUCGUCAAGCUUUUCCAGUCCGUGCCCAUCGGUCAGAGUGUCACCCUCGUGCUCUGUCGGGGCUAUCCUCUGCCCUUUGACCCCGAGGACCCGAGCGGCGCGGCGAGCAGCUCCAUGACGCCCAUUGGCCUGGAGCAUCGCCCCCUAGUGGUGAACGGCCGCGGCAGUUACGACCCCUACUUGGAGUAUCUGUCGCUGAGCUCCCAGCUGCCUCCUCAGGCUCUGGCGCAGGCCUCGCACCCGGGGGACACACAUCUGGACGGCUCCUCGCUGCCACCCACCACACCCGGUUCGGCGUCGGCGCUCACACCUCAUGAGGACAACGUGUCGAUGGCGUCCUCGGGGACUGCGGGGAUUGCUGGGGCCACGGCACAAGCUGCAGAGCUCCUGACGGUUACUAUGGUGAAAGGAUCGGAGGGAUUUGGGUUCACUAUUGCAGACAGUCCCACCGGUCAGCGAGUGAAACAGGUGCUGGAGCCCGGCUCGCAGGGCGGGUCUGGGCUGAUAGAGGGAGACCUGAUCCUGGAGGUGAACCAGCAGCCAGUGGCUGCAGCGGGACAUGGGAGAGUGGUAGAGAUGCUCAAAGAGUGUCCUGUUGGGGCAGAGGCGACACUUCUCAUUCAGAGAGGAGGAACAGGUCACAUCUCUCCAUGGAAGACCUCCAAACAGUUGCCUGACCAGUGGGACCCACAUGGCAGCCCCCAAGCGAACCUGUCAGGCCCAGUCCUCCCACCAGGCACACCCUUCCCAAAUCAGCCACAGCACCGCACGUCUGUGCCCGACUCCACUGAGGGCUUUGACCUCAACAAACCCGACCCUUACGACCUGUACGAGAAGUCAAGGGCCAUUUACGAGAGCCGACGUCCAGAGUACGAAGAGGUGGAGGUGCAUCUGCUGAGGGAGAAGACCGGGUUUGGCUUCCGUAUCCUGGGGGGAGACGAGGCCGUGCAGGCUGUGAGUCCGGACGCCCGUGACAAGAUUGUUAUUGGUGCCAUAAUAGAGAACACUCCGGCUGAGCGUGACGGACGGCUUCGACCCGGGGACGAGCUCAUCUCUGUAGAUAAAAACGUGGUUGCUGGGAAACCACACAAAUACGUCAUAGACCUGAUGCACGCAGCUGCUCGCAACGGUCAAGUCAGCUUGACUGUGAGAAGGAGAGUGCAAAUGCCCGGUGAGCUGUGUCCUGUGAACGGUCGUAGUCCGGGCUCGGUGUCCACACAACACAGCUCUCCACGAAGUGACGCAGCCUCGGCUCUGGGCCCUUCGGCCCUCGCUAUCCCCUCUGCCACCUCUCCUCCAGAGGGCUCUGCCCUGCAAACCAGCGAUGUGGUUAUUCAUCGAAAGGAGAACGAGGGCUUUGGCUUCGUUAUCAUCAGCUCCCUGAACAGACCGGAAAAUGCCGCCGUCAUCACUGUGCCUCAUAAAAUAGGACGAAUCAUCGAGGGCAGCCCUGCGGACCGCUGUGGGAAGCUGAAGGUGGGCGACAGGAUCCUGGCUGUAAACGGACAGUCCAUCAUCAGCAUGCCGCACGCCGACAUAGUCAAGCUCAUUAAAGACGCUGGGCUAACAGUCACACUGCACAUCAUACCAGAGGAGGGUUCUCAUUCUGGCCCCAGCUCUGAGAAGCAGAGCCCCAUGACCCAGAAACAUAGCCCCCAGACCCAGCCCAGCCCUGUAGCCCAGCCUGGCAAAGGAGGCGCCCAGCCCGGCCAAACGGUAGCUCAGACCGGUCAAGCGUCCAUUCAGCCCGGCCAAAUACCAGCCCAGACGAGCCAAACAGCGACUGGCCCUCAUGCACCAGCAUCCUCCCAGAAUGCACCUGCUGGAACCCAGCAUAGCCCAGUGACCCAGGCAUCCGGACUCCCUCCUCAGCUCUACCUCCAUGAUGGCAGGUCAGAGGUCAAAGCCAGACAGGACGUCAAACCUGACUACCGCCAUCCUCCGUUCACUGAUUACAGGCAACCUCCGGUAGACUAUCGUCACCCACCGGUCGUUGACUACAGACAGCCCCCCACGCUGGACUACAGACACCCCCCUGGUCUGCUGGACUUCAGGCAGCACCCUGCCGCUGCACAGUUCCCUCUGGGGAUUCCUGCGGACUUCAGACUUCAGGACUACGAUUACUUCACAGUCGAGCUGGAGAAAAGUUCAAAGGGUUUUGGCUUCAGUAUCCGCGGCGGCAGAGAGUACAAGAUGGACCUGUUUGUGUUGCGGCUCGCUGAGGAUGGACCUGCCAUCCGUAAUGGAAGGAUGAGGGUAGGGGAUCAGAUCAUAGAGAUUAACGGAGACAGCACCCGGGACAUGACUCACGCCCGCGCCAUCGAACUCAUCAAAGCGGGAGGCCGGCGGGUGAGGCUGCUGCUGAAGCGAGGCACGGGACAGGUACCUGAAUAUGGAAUGGUACCUUCCAACCUCUCCAUGUGCAUGAAAGGUGACACACUAAGCUCCCCCUAUUUCUUCCUAAUGGGCCACUCUAAAGACACGGUUUGUGAAAAAAAACUGCACGUCUCUCUCUCAUCAUUCUGACCAUUAAUAUCUGUGAAGUGGAGCUGUGCUUUUUGGGCAAAUCAUGAUGCAUGGAUGCACGAUCACAAGUUUACUGACGCAUGGUUUAAAUAGCAGCUGUGUGUGUGUGUGUGUGUGUGUGUGUGUGUGUGUGUGUGUUUAUCAACAUGUGUUUGCUUGCGUGUUGUAGUAAGAGACCCUCCAGAUGGAACUAUCGUUGUGAAGUAGAUUGUGUGAAAUGGAUCUGCUGAGGAUCAGUCUGUCACACAAUCACUGAUGUGUUCAUUGUGUUCAAACACUGAACGACUCUUCAGGUGUGACAUGUUGGUGUUCAGGCCUUUACACGGUCGCAUGCAGGUUUGCCUGAUCAAAUAUAACGGAGUGGCUUUCAGAGGUGUCAAGUAACGAAGUACAAAUACUUGGUUACCUUACUUAAGUAGAAAUUAAAUCUAUACUUUACUGGAGUAAUUAUUUUUCAGCCGACUUUUUACUUCUACUCCUGACAUUUUAUAAAUGGCCUCGUUACUCCUGUUUCAUUUCGGCUUGUUUUCAUUCAGAAAAAUAAAAACCUAUCGAGAUAAAUCGCGCCAUCCGGAUAGAGUGAAUUUGAUUGUGGUUGGCAGGGUUCCCACUCGUCCUGGAAAAUCACCAAAAAUUAUUCCAACACUCCUACAGGGUUAAACAUUUUCACCGCCACGCGUUAUUAAAAGUAUUUGUUACAUUAAUCCACAUCGCAGAUUAAAUGGAAGUCUGUAGAUAAUGUUAUGGCUCCGCCUCCCCCUCGUGUCAAAAGUGGAUAUUUAUUUACAAUUUAGUUGAGAGGAUGGAGCGAAAAGAUCCUUCACAAAAAGAGAAAAUGAAACAUGAGUGGCAACGACAAUCAGGUAGACUUGAGUUUUCUCUUCAGUUUGAGGUCAGCACAUCAACAUACCUUUGUAGCUCACAGUGGGUGUGAGCCAG